AUGCCUUCACUCGAAACAGCAGGUACCAUCGUAUCGACAAUGUCAACAACAUAUACUAUCACAACUACAUAUACCAAUUCUAUCGGAAAUGGAAUAGCUACAUCUACACUUUUACUUACGAAUACACCUUCCUCAGCGUCAUCUUCAAAUUCAAAUUCAAGUUCAACUUCAGAUGGUGACACUUAUGUAUAUUCUUACGCUACUUCCAAAAUAGUAAGGACUGCAGUCGCUGCUGGUGUUAUCGUUCUAGCUUUGACUGCUUUAGUAUUAUUUAUAAAAAUAUCAUCUUGGAUCAGAUUCCAUCAACGACUUCGACGUCAUUCCAACUUGACACUGUCUUUGCAGAGUGAACAAAGGGCAAACGCAUACGAGAUAGCAGCUUGGGCGGAUGAACCUAAUACUGCACCUAUAAGAGGGGAUGGAAUCAAGGAGAAGAAAUCAAGGAAAGAAAGGAGAGAAUUGUUGAAAGCUAUUAGAAGAGGUGGUGGUAAUGCUUAUCAGGUGAAAGAAUGGGAAGGUGUCGCGGCGUAG